AUGAGGAAUGUGGAAUCGCAUCUUUUAGAAGAUAAAAUGGAUGAGGCCGUUACACAUUACAUCAAUUCACAUCAAUCGCCAGAGUCAGUCCAUGUAGAUGCAAACUCUUUGGCUUUAAACGUUCAAGAUGAUGGUGGCGGCAGAGUGGUCACUGUUAUGCAUCCACAAAACUUUCCUUCACAAAUGUGCAGGCAAGUAUCAGUGGUUGAAGGACCCUGGGAAGAUCUGCUUGACCAAGAAAGUAGGUUGGCAGCAUUGGUGGCGCAUCUUGCAGAACACUCAAGGUCCACUCAUCAUCUGACACAUACUCAUAAUAAGAUACCUGCUGUAAGGAGUGAUGUAGAUACGUCGGUAAUUUUAGACGCUCCAAUGAGAUUAUUUAAUGGACAAACAUUGGACGAUACUCAAAUUUUAGAACAAGAGAGCCAAGUGCUAGAUAUCGGCGCGGGCGCGUCUCCCGCACAGAAACAGCAAAGUAAGAAAAGUCUUCCACAUAAGAAGAGAAUAUCGAGAAAAUUGAAGCGAACCAAUGGGAGCAGUACUCCUCAACAGGAUAUCGUAGUUAUAAACUGCAGUGAAGAAGUCCAGCAAGAAGAAAUCCUACCAGACAACUUCGUAGCUGCGGUACAGCAUCAGGAGCACCUUCCAGAAGAAACCCAUCAUAUAGCCCAUGAGAUGCGAGCGCUGUUCAUCUGCCAGCUGUGCGGCGAGUUCUACGGCGAGGAGCAGCUCAAGUUCUACCAGCACCUGCGCCAGCACUACGAGCCACACGCCGCCAUCAUCAUCGAGAACCCCGUGCCCGACCUCGCCAUCGAUAAGAUGACCAAUACAUGUAUUGUGGACAACGUCCCAACACUACCCGACUCAAUAGUUGAGCUAUCUUUAGAAAAUACUGUACCAAAGACAAUGUACCAGCCCAUAGACAAGCACAUACUCUAUACCUCCAGUGAUAAAACCUUAAAUUAUAACAAUAAAGUAUAUCAAAAUAUAGACAAGGAGCCGGAGACUGAUAAAAGUGAUAUAUACAGAGUGGAUUUGGAUAAGUUAGAAAUGUACUUCUGUGCGAAGUGUAAUAAGACGUUCAGGAAGCAGAAGCAAUAUGAGGCACAUAUGAAUGAAGCACAUUCUCAUCCAAAGCUGGACGACAUGAACGAGUUCAGCGAGCCGGAGGACCUGAUGGAGGGCAUCCACGUGGCGGUGGAGGAGGGCGCGGAGGCGGACGCGGAGUACGAGCACACGCUGCUGCCGCACCUCACCGUCGAGAACGGACACGUGCACCAGGAGCACGUGCGACAGUGGUACCUGCGCAACGGCGCGGAGGCGGCGCUGUGCGCGUGCGGCGGCGCGGGGCUGUGCGCCGCCUGCCCGCCGCCCGCGCCGCCGCCGCCGCCGCCGCAGCGCACGCCCGAACAGAAAGAAGAAAGCCUCGAACGUAUCUUCGAACCGGAACCCCAAGAGAACCCGACAUUCACAGAACCCCCACCACCUGAGAAUAACGAGGUUCGAGUGAAAGAUGAGCCAGGAACCGAAUCCAAAGCUGAUAAGAAGAAACCCAAGACCUUCGUAUGUACGCAAUGCGACAGGAUGUUCAGUCAUAGAAAUAGUCUUUUGUACCAUAUGCUAAUGCAUAGUGAGAAGCAGGAGGUGUGUCAAGAGUGUGGGAAGAGGUUUUACACUGUCAGUGCUUUAAAGGUGCACAAGCGGGUGCACAACGGCGACCGGCCGUGCAAGUGCGACGAGUGCGGCCGCGACUUCCGACAGUGGAGCGACCUCAAGUACCACAAGGCAUCCAUACAUUCUGAUCAGAAGCAGUACAAGUGCGAGUUCUGCGGCAAGGAGUUCGCGCGGCGCUACUCGCUGAACGUGCACCGCCGCAUACACACCGGCGAGCGCAACUACAAGUGCGACUACUGCGCCAAGACCUUCCGCGCCUCCUCCUACCGCCUCAGCCACAUGCGCACGCACACCGGGAGCAAACCAUACAAAUGCACACAAUGUGACAAAUCGUUCCGAGUGACGUACGACCUGCGCCGCCACAUGUUGAUACACGACAAAGUGCGAGUUAUCGUCGACGACCAGAAAAAGACUAAAACUAAACUAACUAAAGAAACAAAAGACGAAGAGAGAAGAAAAGCUAACGAACCCAAAACAGACGAAGGUAAACUAGACAAGCCUCCGCCUGAGGAAAGAAAAGAGGGUUGUCGAGUGCCAAUCUUAAAGAGCUUGCUCGAUAAGAAACAAGCAAAAAUGACCCACAAAAAGUCGCCCAAAAAGGCACCAAAUGUAACGAUACAAAAUCGUGAUUUUAAAAUGACUGACGAUUACGAUAUGUUGGAAAGGCACGAUCAGUAUAAGUUUAAAGAGGUUUACACGCAAAAAGAUAGCUAUACAGAUGAAUUGGUUCGAAAUGACAGAGAUAUAGAACUAAGGCCUUCGAAAAGUCAAGCUGAAAUUGAAAGUCGUCUUGUUUACAGAGAGAAUACUGAUGGAAAAAUGCAUGUGUACACACAAAUAGAAAAAUCCAAAGACUAUGAUGGACCGAUAGUUACUAAUACUGUGUCGUUGACAGAUUUGAAGGGUUUAGACAAGGAUGUGAGGGACCCUAGGACCGAUAUGCAUGGGGAAAGUAUAGAAAAUGGCUUCUUUGAACGGUUAUCUGCCUUUUAUAAUAUACCAGCUGUA